CAUACAAUUCCAAAAUAUGAUGCCGCUCUUUUCAACAAAUAGAUCGAACAGGUACGAGAUUCAGUUUUGGACAAUAAAAGUCACGAAAGAAUUUCCAAAAGACGUUUGGUAUGUGACUAACAUUUUUCGGAAAGUGAUAAGGUGCCUGGAACCAAGAGAGAUCUGAAAAGAACGGCUUCUCCUACAUUACAUCUUUCUGAACUUCAAUCUUCAAGGAAGUUAUAACUUAGAUUACAUACAUAUGUAAACCAGUGAAUAAUCAGGAUUAAAUGAUUCGA